AUGAGCCUCAGAAUCAUGAAUGAUAUUCUGAAGACAUACAAAGCCAGUCUGAGGAAGAAGUUUGGAUUUGUGUUAGAAGGCACUGCAGUAGAUCGAACUCCCCUUAAUAGGAUUUACACACAGCUCUACAUCACACAGGGAGAGAGUGAAGGGGUUAAUAAAGAACAUGAGGUUCGGCAGAUUGAAUAUACAUCCAGGAGAAAAACAUCACCAGACACUCCUAUCGACUGUAAUAACAUUUUCAAACCCUCACAUGGAGAAGAGGAACACAUCAGAACUGUGCUGACGAAGGGCAUCGCUGGAAUCGGAAAAACAGUCUCAGUGAAGAAAUUCAUCAUCGACUGGGCAGAAGGACAAGCCAAUCAGGAUGUAGAUUUCAUCUUUGUGCUUCCUUUCAGAGAGCUGAAUCGGAUUAAAAACCAAUGCAGUCUUCAUGGACUUUUAAAUGGUUUUCAUCCUGAACUUUCUGUGAUAGAAGACGCAAAGCAGUACACUGAUUGUAAAGUUUUGUUCAUCUUUGAUGGUCUGGAUGAAAGCAGACUUCCUUUGGAUUUCCAAAACAACAAGACACUGUUUGAUAUGACACAGAUGUCAUCAGUAGACGAGUUGCUGACUAACCUCAUCGAGGGGACUCUGUUUUCCAAAGCGCUCCUCUGGAUAACCUCCAGACCAGCAGGAGCCAAUCAGAUCCCCCGCGACUUGGUCAGUCGGAUGACAGAAGUACGAGGUUUCACUGACACCCAGAGAGAAGAAUACUUCAAGAAGAGAUUCGGUGAAGGCAAACUAGCCAACAAAAUAAUCUCACAUGUAAAGACAUCAAGGAGCCUCCACAUCAUGUGCCACAUACCAGUCUUCUGUUGGAUCACUGCAAAGGUUCUAGAGGACGUGUUUCGUGGACAGAGAAAUGAGAUCGGAGAGAUCCUUACAACUCUGACUGAGAUGUACAUUCGCCUCAUGGUCAUUCAGAUAAACCUGGCAAAUGAAAAGUAUCAGGGGCAGAAUGAGAGGGAUAGACAGAAGAUCUUGGCAACAAAUAAAGUCUUCAUUUUGAACCUGGCACAAUUAGCAUUUGAACAGCUGCAAGAGGGCAAUAUCAUAUUCGACGAGGAUGACCUGAGAAACUGUGGGAUUGAUGUUAGUGAAGCCUCAACGUACUCUGAGUUUUGCACAGAAUUCCUCAAAGAAGAGUGUGGGUUGUAUACAAAGGUGUACUGCUUUGUGCACCUGACCUUUCAGGAGUUCCUUGCUGCACUGCAUGUCUUUCACUGCUGUGUGAGCAACAACAUCAAGGCCCUUGAGUCUUUCCUGGAGAAUGCUUCUACAGCGCUUCCCUUGCAUGAGUUGCUGAAGAUGAUGGUGGACAAAGCCACGAAUAGUCCAAAUGGACACCUGGACCUAUUCCUCCGCUUCCUUGUUGGCAUAACACUGGAAUCCAAUCAGAGGUUGUUGCAAGGCCUACUUCCAAAAACAAAGAUCAGCUCAGAGACUGUUGAGGAGAUUAGGAAAUACCUCAAGAAUCCUGGUGCACAUCAUGUCUCACCUGAAAGGUACAUCAACCUUUUCCUCUGUUUGACUGAGAUGAAGGACAAUUCAGUUCAGGAGAACGUUCAGAAGUUCCUUGAGUCAGGAGAAGAAUUGUCUCCUGCUGACUGCUCAGCACUGGCCUAUGUGCUUCUGAUGUCAGAGGAGGUGCAGGAUGAGUUUGACUUGGUGAAAUACAACACAUCAGAGGAGGGGCAUGACAGACUGGUCCCAGCUGUGAGAAACUGCAGAAAGGCAAGACUGUCUGGCUAUACUCUUUCAAAUCAGGUCUGUGACACACUGGCCUCCGUUCUCCAAUCAGCAUACUCACCUCUGAGAGAGUUGGACCUGAGGAACAGUGAGCUGUUUGAUGAUGGAGAGUUAAUACUUUUUUCUGGACUGGAGGAUCCACACUGUAAACUGGAGACACUGAGUAUGAAGGAACACCCAGGAGACUCAGGAGUGAAGCUGCUCUCUGCUAAACUGGAGGAGGCCCGUUGUAAACUCAAUGUGGACCAUAAUGAAGAGAUCUGGAUAGAACCACAGCUGCUUAAGAAGUAUGCCUGUGAGCCCAUACUAGACCUCAACACAGUAAGCAGACUCCUAUCUCUGUCUCAACAAAACAGACAGGUGACAGGGGUUCGAGAGCAGCAGCCGUAUCCUGAUCACCCAGAGAGAUUUGACUGUCCACAGGUGCUGUGUACAGAGGGUCUGAGUGGGCGCCAUUACUGGGAGGCAGAGGGGAGUGGGCACUUGACUGUCAUAGGAGUGGCAUAUAAAGGAAUCAGCAGAAAAGGAAAUGGUCGUGUCUGUAAGCUUGGAUCCAAUGACAAUUCCUGGUGUCUAGCCUGCUCCAAGUACCAUGACUCUGCCGACUACAAUAAUGAAACCACUAAAAUAACCUCCCCCGCAAAGCUAUCCGAGCAAAACAAGGGAGUAGGAGUGUUUCUGGACUGUCCUGCUGGAACUGUCUCCUUCUAUGAGGUCUCCUCUGACACAAUGACCCACCUUUAUACAUUCCAGACCACAUUCACUGAGCCCCUCUAUCCAGCAUUUGGAAUCGAGACUACAAACUCCUCAGUGUCUUUCGGGGUUGCCAGUAGUCCUGUAGAGGCUAACAGGCCAUCGGUGGAAGAAUUUCAAGAAUUGGGUGGUUUUUCCUUAAUUGGAGGAUUUCUUCAUAAAAAUCUUUUCCAUUACAGAAACUGAAGAAGUUUUUAUUGGAGUGAUUUUCAUUGAUUGUGCCAACAUUAAGUAAUUACAAUCUCAUCGAGGUCAAUCAUUGAAUAUAAAGGACUGUUUUUGUAUAAGAUAUGGGAAUAUUACUGUUUGUGAAAUGUUUGCGUUGCUUCACACACAACAUGCCUGCUUGGUGCUGUAUCUGAUUCUGAAAACUGCUGACUACUAAUGACAACAUAUGUUGAUUUACUGACCUUAUUGCAGACACAUAUGUCUAUUUUUCCCACAAUCAUCAGACAUUACAUCAAUACUGGAGGGGGAGUAGACGACUUCCUCUGAUAAACAUGAUGACAUGCUUUCAUAAGCAUGAGAAAUGUUUUCUCUACUUGUAUUAUUUGAAAAGUACUAUGAAUGGGAUGUAAAGCUUCAACAAUGUUUUGAAUGUUAGAUGAAAUUGUGAUGUGCUUAUAUACAGUUGAAGUCGGAAGUUUACAUACACUUAGGUUGGAGUCAUUAAAUCUCGUUUUUCAACCA